CAUACGUGUGCUCUGACUCCAGCAGUGCAAUGUAGCUAUCUAACAUCCUCUUGCCUGUGAAUUGCGCCAAAGAGCUAUCAGUAUAUGCGCUCCGCGACGUAAAAGAUGACGAGAGCGGCAGUCGGCCAGCUCUGCUCAACCGCGAGCAUGGCUCAUAAUCUUAUUCAGUGUCAAAUACUUGUACACAAGGCUGUUUCCGCAGGUGCGAAGGCGCUCUUCCUCCCCGAAGCCUCAGAUUACAUUGCCGCGUCUCCCGCAGAGUCUCUUUUCUUAGUUCGACCGGUUAACGAGAGUGAUUUUGUUUUGGGAUUGCAAAAAGAGGCCAGAUUAGCAAGAUUGCCGAUUAAUGUGGGCAUACAUGAGCCUGCUCAAGGCGGGGAGAAGGUCAAGAAUACAUUAAUUUGGAUUGAUGAGACUGGGAAGAUCACCCAAAGAUAUCAGAAAAUACAUCUUUUCGACGUUGAUAUAAAAGGCGGUCCCGUGUUAAAGGAGAGCAGGAGUGUUGAGAAAGGGAUGAAGAUUGUCCCUCCCUUUGAAACACCAGUUGGUCGUCUUGGGUUAAGUAUAUGCUUCGAUCUUCGCUUUCCAGAAAUCAGCCUAGCUCUGCGGCGACAAGGUGCCCAGAUAAUUACUUACCCGUCCGCAUUUACUAUACCAACCGGCCAAGCUCACUGGGAAACGCUCCUCCGAGCUAGAGCCAUUGAAACGCAAUCGUAUAUUGUGGCAGCCGCUCAAUGCGGCCAGCACAAUAAUAAGCGCUUUAGCUAUGGUCAUUCGAUGAUCGUGAAUCCAUGGGGGGAAAUCGUGGCCAAGCUGGGGUCCCAAACUGGCGAACCAGAAAUUGCGGUGGCGGAUAUCGACUUUAAACUAUUGGAAAAAGUCCGAAACGAAAUGCCACUGCUAAGGAGGACGGAUAUAUACCCCGAAGUCUGACGCUUUCAAAGAGCGUCGGUAGCCUGCAAAUUAGAUUUUUCAUGUACAUACGUAAUUC